CAUCUCACUGCCGCGCGGUUUAGUUUCGUCGUUCGUACCUAUCGUACUAAGUUUCGUUUGCUUAAUUUGUAAAUUUGUUUGUUAAAGCUAAGCCUAGGUACAAUUGUUACUAACCCGUGAAUAUACCUACUCGUAGUUAGUAAACAGUGUAUUAGUACAGUAAGCAUGGACAGUUCAGAUGAAGAGCCAAAUACUGAUUUACCAGACAGCCAACCAUUUUUUACUGAAAUAGAAACUGAUGUUGAUCCAAUUACUGAUUUACCAGACGGCAAACCAUUUUGUAUUGAAAAAGAGGAUUUCAACCCAAAUAUCAGUUUACCAGACAAACAAACCUCUCUUACUGAAAAAGAUAUAAUAACUGGAAAAGAAAUCAAAAGACAUGCAACAUUAAAUGAGGAAGAAUCGCAAUCUCUAUUAGCACCGAAAAGACGUACAAUAGGAAUACAAAUGAGUCUAAUUACUGUUCCGCAAAGCAAGGAUACCCAGAAGCCUCAGGAGGAACCUGUUUUACCAAGUCAAAAUUCAAAGCAACAAAAUGUAAAAUACCAGUGUGUACCGUGCAACAUAACCAACAAUCAGAAAGAUAUGAGAAAUGAAUAUUAUGGAAAACUUAUUUCGUCAGAGUUAGAUUUUGUCGAGCCAUGCAUGCGGACUUAUGUAUAUGUGGAAAUAUUAAAGCUAAUACACAGGAAUAAGCACAGGCACAUGCCGCACGAAAAAGGAACCUGACUUUUAAUUUUAAGUAACGAAUGAAUGUGUUUACUUACAAUAGGGAAUAUGGAUGUGCUUUUUUCUAUAUUUUAUUCGAUUAGUCAUCGCUAUUAAAUACAAAAAAAAAACUCAAUCAACACCUAUAAAGUAAUUUAAAUUUUUAAAAAGAAGUUAAAAAUAGCCACAUGGGCACUUUAAACGCCCGCAUUUUGGCGUGUGCUCUGACGAACGAUUGAAACAUCGAUGCUGACAAUUUUUUUUUGUUUUUUUUUUGUUUUUUUUUUUGUUUUUUUUUUGUUUUUUUUUUUUUGUUUUUGUAUUUUUUUUUGUUUUUAUUUUUAUUUUUAUUUUUUUUUGCUGACAAAUUCGAUAACUAUACUCGUGACGUAAAUUUUCAUUUUGACAAAACAAUGGUGAUGCGUUUCAUAAAUUUGAAUUACACAUGCUUUUUUUGCACUUUUUAAUUAAUAUUUUAUGCAAUUAUAAACAAUUUAAAUAAGAAAAUAAUGGUUGAGAUAUAAUAUCAGAACUAUAAAGGCUCAAGGAAAAAAAAUCAAGUAAAUUUAAAUCACAUGCAUAUUCCCAAUUACAUAAUACUAGCUUAUUGAACCUGAGACUGAUAAACAUAUUAGGUAUCUACAUAAUCAUGUAAAUUAACAAAAUGUCACAGAAAAUAAUAUUAAAUUAAUCUGAUUUCUCAUA